AAAAAGGAAAGUUAGAGUGAUUUUUUUAGUGCAAUUAAUAAGAUGAGAGUACUGUUGUCAAAAUGACGCGUUAAUAUGAGUACAAUUGAUCAUAGCUUUUCAUUACUACGUAUGUUGAAGAAUAGAAAUCGCAUUAUCACCUACCUACACUCGUUUUCGUGGCGCGCAAAAUCAGUCAGCGGUGAUGUCGACAGUGAGUGUUCCGGUGUGUGUGCCUCCGGUGGAACAAGACUGUGAGCAACUCCGAGCUGCCUUCAAAGGAUGGGGAACAAAUGAGAAGUUGAUCAUAUCAAUUUUGGGUCACAGGAAUGCUGCCCAGCGCAAUUCGAUCCGGCAGGAAUACGCUGAAACCUAUGGUGAAGACAUCCUCAAGGAGUUAAACAGGGAGCUCUCGAGUGACUUUGAGAAAGUUGUAGUUCUCUGGACACUGGACGGUCCCGAACGUGAUGCCCUUUUGGCCAAUGAAGCAACUAAGAAAUGGACAGCAAGCCAUCAAGUGCUUGUGGAGAUUGCCUGUACAAGGUCCCCUAAGGAGUUGAUUGCUGUCAGAGAGGCUUAUCAUGCUCGUUUCAAGAAGUCCCUUGAAGAAGAUGUUGCACAACACACAGCUGGAGACUACCGCAAGCUUUUGGUGCUUUUGGUGAGCUCAUAUCGUUAUGGAGGCGAUGAGAUUAAUAUGACACUUGCUAAACAUGAGGCUAAAUUGCUGCACGAGAAGAUAUCAGACAAGUGCUAUGCUGAUGAUGAUGUCAUUAGGAUUCUGACUACAAGGAGCAAAUGCCAAAUCAAUGCAACCUUGAAUCACUAUAGAGAUGAAUAUGGACAAGAUGUCCUCCUGGACUUGGAAGGUGAUGGAAAAGAUGAGUUCCCUUCCAUAUUAAGAACAACAAUCCAAGCUCUUCUCUACCCUGAGAAGUACUUUGUGGAGGUACUUCGGGGUGCAAUCAACAAAAGAGGCACAGAUGAAGGUGACUUGACAAGAGUUAUUGCAACUAGAGCUGAGGUCGAUAUGAAGGCCAUUCUGGAGGAAUUCCAGAAAUUGAAUAGUAUCCCUUUAGAUCGCGCCAUUGCUAAAGACACCCGUGGUGAUUAUGAAGAUAUGCUCUGGGCUUUGCUUGGCCAUGAUGAUAAUUGAAGAAUAUCACACAUCUCAUCUCAAUAAUAAUGAAUAUUCCCAGAGUUUGCCUUGAAGCUUUUUCAAUACUGCGCUUUAUAUGUGGUUUAUCCGCGUGUUUCGAGUGUUUUCCUUAAGAACUAUGCGGUUCAAGAACUCGGUUUUCUGUUAUACAAAGCAUCUUGUUAACUAUUGCGUAGUUAUAUGUGUUUUCAUUUUGUCAAAAAUUUAUCAAAUCUAUUCAGCAAUAUCUCUCAGCCCUGUAACGAAACUGUGCUGGCCGGCCGGCUCCUUUCCCUGCUGUAAGUGCCACUGCCUGUCACGACUGUGUUGGAGACCCCAAAUCGUCCUCACCCCUCCUUGGUCAGCAACCACAGGGUUUUGCAGACACAUGAGGUUCCCAUCCAUAGAAUUGAAAUCCCUGAUGACAAACCCAUAGAUGCCAGUAUGCCACCCUCUCACUGCCAAUCAUCCAUCUUCCUUAAGUACUCCUACCAUCCUUUUACGUAGUUAUUGUUAUAUUUCAGUAAAAUUGUCAAAUAAGCUCUCAUAUUAUAUUCUAAAAGUUAAUCAAGAUCUC